UGGAGGCCUGCGCUGAGGCGCCCGUCCACAGAGCAGCGCGCAGCGGCGGCAGGAUUCGCCGGAGGAAUACAUGAUUGUGUGAUUCUAUGAAAAGUUAACUUGGCUCCCGUGCGGGGCGCGUGGGGGGACAUCGUAGAGCACGGGCUCCUCUGCGAUGGGCUCGUUAUAGAGCGCCUGCCAGAUGCGUGUCGAGCGGUGCCGAGCGGUGUGGACAUGUUACUGUUGGAGCAUGUUGUCAGAGUGACAUGUCCCGCGUCAACGCCACGAUCCAGUGAAGGAAGGAGGGACGGUAGCCACUACUAAAGCAGCGGCCAGGCCAGUGAUGGAAGAGAAAGAAACGGGGCAAAGCGAGCCUGUGGACCUCCGGUGUGCCGAGCAGGCUGAGCUGCUCUCAUUAAUAAUAAGCGGGGAGGAGGAAGCGACGCAAGAGGAGAGUGACUUGGGAGAAGAGGACAGUCUUGCCAAUGGCCAUGGCGAGGAGGAAUCAGAGGCUGGCAUGGUCACACCUGUCAGGUCUCCAGGCACCAGCUACUGGAGCAUCACAGAGGGCCCAGACCACCCGCUCCUCCUCUCCCCGGCCCCCGGGCCCUCCGGACGCAAACCCAGGGUCCAGAGGGCCUCGCGUCCGGGCCUGAGCCGGAUCCCAGGCCGCGACCACCGCCGCUACUAUCACGAGUACUGGCGCAGCGAGUACCUGAUGGACUUUGACCCCCAGCGGCACGGGAUGAUCUGCAUGGUGUGCGGCAGCUCGCUGGCCACCCUGAAGCUCAGCACCAUCAAGAGGCACAUUCGACAGAAGCACCCCGACUCCCUGCUGUGGAGCGCUGCCGACAAGGAGGUCAUCCGCUCAGGGUGGGAGAGCCACCUGAGUCUGGGAGGAGGUCACAGGUCAUACAGCUCUGCUGCUGGACCAUCGCCUCAGGAAGAAGAGGAGCAACUGGACUCAGACCAACAUGCUGCUGCAGAACCCCCGUACCCUGUGACACCGCAGGAGCAGCAACAACAGCCUCCCAGUCUGUCUCCCCACUCUGAGGAAGGUGAAGCCCCCCAGCCUGAAGAGGAGGAGCAGGACCUCCCCGGGCCCUCCACUCAGACCCUGGAACGCUACCUGAACGACUCGCUGCACGCCUGGUUCCGCCAGGAGUUCCUGAUGGAGUACGAGGCAGAGGCGGGCCGGCUGCUGUGCAUGGUGUGUGGGGGAGAACUGCCCUCACUUCACCUGGACCACAUCAAGAGCCACGUGUUGGACACCCACCCGAACUCCCUGGUCUACAGCUCAGAGGAGAAGCACUGCAUCCUGCAGGCCUGGGCUCAGACUCAUGAGGAGCCAGAAAACUCAAUCAAAUCAGAGCCCAACACCAAAGACGGCGGGGUGGACCUCUUUGCUGAGAAUGUGGAGACCAUCCAGGUCAACACUGACUUAUACCCAGGAGGUGAUGGCACUUUAACUCAGGACAUUUGUCUUAUCGGUGAGGAUGGAGGUGUCGGAGCUCCACAGCAGGGACCCCAGCCCCUCCGCCAGCCUAGGAAGAGGCGGCUGCGCGGGGGCGACCCGUGGCGGCUCCGCCUCGACUACCUGGUGGCCUACGGGCCGCAGGGCCGGGGCACGUUCUGCAUGGUGUGUUCUCAGGUCCUGAACGAAUCCAAGGUCAGCAGCUUCCGCCGCCACAUCCUGGAAUGUCACCCCGAGACCACAACACUGAGCCGACAAGAAAGGGAAGCCAUGGCUGCUGCCUGGACCAAAGAUUAUCCCAGUGAAGGCACACAAAUUCAAGAUGAAGAAAACAACCUGAGCGAAGCUGUUGUCCUAAACACCACAGGAGAGACGGACGAGGACGCCUCCCCUGAUGUCAGGACACCCAGUAAAAUGGUGAAGAAGGAUGAGGGUGUGGGUGGAGGUAAGGGUAAAGCGAGGGACAGUAACGCUGCAGCCACGCCCUCUCGUCACAGCCAUUACCCCGGGAAGGACCAGAGGAGGAACUACCAGGUGCGCUGGCGGAUGGAGUACCUGAUGGACUACGACUGCCGCCGACACGGGCUCAUCUGCAUGGUGUGUGGAGCCACUCUGGCCACGCUGAAGGUCAGCACCAUCAAGAGGCACAUCCAGCAGGUACACCCCCACUCUCUGGACUACAGCCCAGAGGAGAAGCAGCAGACCCUGCUGAGCUACAACCAGACCGCCCUGCACUUCAUCCACUCUGAUGACUGCUUCUCCUCCCAGGACCACGGACACACUGAACUGGCCCCCACUCCAGCACACUUUGGCACUUAAAAAGGGCUUCCGUCCGUCGCUCCUCACAUGGCCCCUGUUCAAAAACAGCCCUCCACCUUCUUUCUUAAAGGGAAAUUCAAGUAUUUGUUAAACAGGCUCUUACUCCUAUUCUGUUCUCAUUCAUCCCUGACUUACAGAAAUAGUACAAAUGUCCCAAAUCUCUGCAGUUUGUGCUGAGUGAAAUGUUACCAUGACCAGUUGUCAUAAUGGACAAAAAAAUGAGAACGAGAGACCAUCUUUUGAUGAUACUCAGAAAUCAUCACCAUGUUAUUACAUGAGCUCUCAGUUCUGGUUUUCACCUGGUUUACAAACACUGGAAUUUCCCUUUAAAUCUGGAUCUGAGAGUAUUGCUGUGGCGUGAGCAGCAGGUCGCAACUGCCACAGAGCAAAUGUCAGACCUAAAAAUGUCAUGGCCUAAAAAAUGAAAGUCCAGCCACUCAUCUGAAACUAACUUAAGCCUUAUCCGAACAGGAUCUGUGUUACCGAGGACCUCGAGAGAGUUAGGAAGUGACCCCAGUGAGUGCAUAUACUUUACAUCCAUUUAGAUUUUUUUUAGUAGGGUCAGAUCAAGUGAGCAUUUAGACGGUGAAAUGUGAGCAUGUUCACAGCAUGUAACUCACCGGGUACAGUAGCUCGCCAGCUUGUCCCACAAGUUGUAGCAACUUGACCAAUCAAUCAGUCCAUUUUGGUGGAAUGACUGAAUAGUCCGUUGGCUUGCUGAGGCCUCGUAAAUCUGCAUGUUUAGCUGUCCACACAAAUGAAUCCUGUUUGGCACUUUUGCCAGCCACUCAUACUGAAACGAGGCUUUAGACUAAAAUUAAAACUCCUCCAGGAGUGUCUUUGAACUCGAUUUGUAGCUGUGGUGUGUGUGGCGUACCUGUUAACUGUGAGGUCCAGGAGGGGGCUCAGGGCUGUUUGUGUUGGGGGCCAGAGUCUUACGCUCUCAGGAAGUUAGAAACAGAGUCUUCGGUGAGGCCGAGGUGAAUUAGUUUUACGAUAAUGUGUCUGAAGACAACACAGCACUUUGUCCCCAAAAAUGUACUAAACCCCAGCUUUCCUUCUGUACAGCCAAUUGAAUGAGACUAUGUUUGAUGUUAUUGCUGAAGACAAUGAAUGCCAGUGUGCAGUCCGUGAGUUCAGAUUUCUCUAGUCUAUUUAAUUCCUUGUUUACAGUGGAGGAGAAGGACGCGCUCCUCUCUCUCAUCCAUUAUAAUGAGAUAUGUUAUCUCUCUGUCAGUUUUCAUUACUGCUACACCGGCCUGCAUCCUUUUCAUUAUCUACAACUCAUUUUAGCUAAACCUGUACAACAAAGAAUAUGUAAAUAUAUGAAGAAAAAAAAGAAUUAUUUUUCCUUUAUACAAGCACUUUUAUGCACCCUGGUUUCUACAAAACGCGUUUGUAAUUGUGUCCAGUUUUUCUACUUCAUGAAGAGCUCAACAUUGACGUUAUUGUUUUAAUGGCUGGAGAAUGGCUUGUUAGACUUUUACUUUGAAAGGUUUGCUCCAGCAACGUGUAUGCAGCAGAAGAAUUUGAAUAACUUACAGCUGUCUGAGAAAGAAAAGUCGGACACGAAAUGUCACUUCUUCACCUGGAAAAUGUAACUCAGGGAUUCUGUUUUCAUCAACAAAUAUGUCAUCAGUGAUCUUUUAGGAACACGCAGGCUGUUGACAUGUGAAGAUACUGGGUACAUGUGUCAGCUUUGGUUGCACUGAUGAUGCCAGACAUACGGCAGAGUAAUAGGGCCACUGUUCAAGAGACAAACAAAAGCAGAUUGUGAGAAUGAAGUCCAAAUAUUUGAGAAUGACGUCAUAAUGUUGGGAGAAUUAAGUCAUUUAAAAAAAGAGCCAUAAUAUAUAUAUAAAAAACAAAUUGUGGAAAAAAAUAAUGAAAUUAUAAAAAAAUUAUUCUGAAAGUUUAUUUUGAUUUAAAAUGAACUCAUAAUUUGGAGAAAAAGUCAUCUUUUGAGAAAAAAACUAGAAUAAAGUCAGAAUUCUAAGGAGAAAAUCAUAAUAUAUGAAAAAGUCUUACCAAGAAUAUUUGAAUAAUUAACUUUGAGUACAGAAAAAAGCCGCAAUGCUUUGAGAAUAAAGUUGUAAUUUUAUGAAGUAUAUAUCGGACUGUUAGGAAAACUCAAACAUGCAGGUAUUGUGAUUUCAUCCAUGGAACCCCCCCCCCAACAGUGUCCCUGUUACUCUGUUGCACAUUGACAGUUUGCUCAGCUGAAGUGUUUGAUACAAACUAAAGGACAAGUGUGUCCGAGCAGAGUGUCCCUGCUGCACCGACAGCAGAGACGCAGUGUCAUAUUCCCAUUUCAUUGGUCCACUUUGGCUAAGAAUAGGCCCCCUCAUCACUCUGGAAGAGUUCUGACACAGCACUUAAUUAUUUAAUGAAGUAAGUUCCAGUGAAGUGAAUGCAAAAACAUUAGAAAUGAGAAAUUAUGCAUUUGCUUGUGUGUGUGUAUGUGUGUGUUUAUACUGUGUAUGUGUAUGAUGGUGUGGGGGGAGAUCUGCUUUGGCUCCUGACUUUUCUUCACUCUCACCACGUCCGCUCACCUUUCAUCUGUACAUGGCCAAAUUGUGAUAUAUGCAUUCUCUCCUCAA